GCGGCGGAGGGUGUUGUCUGGUGUUAAACGCAGUGAUACAUCGCGGGAGUCUAUCCUAUAACCUGCUGACGGACCCAGUGACGCCGUGCGGCCGCAUUCGCGUAGAGCGCAACGCGACAACUCGCGGAGACAUUUCGGUGUUUUUUUCCGCUCCCGUUAUCGCCACAGCGGCUCGAACGUCGGUCUACAAUGGAGACAAAGCCGGUCAUCACCUGCCUUAAAACCCUCCUCAUCGUCUACUCCUUCGUGUUUUGGAUAACAGGAGCCAUCCUGCUGGCAGUAGGAGUAUGGGGGAAGCUGAUGCUCGGGCCGUACAUCUCUCUGAUCGCUGACAACUCCACCAACGCCCCGUACGUCCUCAUCGGCACCGGGACUGUCAUCAUCGUUUUUGGCCUGUUUGGAUGCUUCGCCACCUGCAGAGGAAGCCCAUGGAUGCUGAAACUGUAUGCCAUGUUUUUGUCCCUCGUCUUCCUUGCCGAGCUGGUGGCAGGAAUCUCUGGAUUUGUCUUUCGCCAUGAGAUAAAGGGAACUUUUCGCAGAACGUACACCGAUGCGGUCCUGAACUACAAUACCCAGGAUGAGGCGAGCCGAGCUGUGGACUAUUUGCAGAACAAGCUGCGCUGUUGUGGAGUCUACAACUACACCAGCUGGUUUGCUAGUGUGUAUUACCCCGCCAAAGGCAUUCCUCCAAGCUGCUGCUUUAACUCCUCUGACUGCAGCUCUGAUGACCUCCGCAAUGCAACUGUGGCCCCAAGUAAAGUCUACCACCAGGGCUGCUUUGACUUGGUCACUUCCUUCAUGGAAACCAACAUGGCCAUCAUCGCAGGGGUGACGUUUGGAAUUGCCUUCUCGCAGCUGAUCGGCAUGUUGCUCGCCUGCUGUCUGUCCAGGAUCAUCACAGCCAACCAGUAUGAGAUGGUCUAGCUGGUGGGACGUGGCAGGGGUUUGAAGAAAAAGAGGCAUUCAAGUCUUGGCACAAGACAAGGAAAUUCCCCAAACGGAAUCUGGAUUGGAAUUUACCACCGUCCGUCUCUCAGCCCGUGAUCUUAAUGUAAUAUCUUAAUGUAUCUUAUUGUAAAGCACCAUUCCUUGACUCACAGCAGUUGCAUCAAAGCUUCAAGCACAUAUUGCACCGCUUCUUUACGUACAAGAUGUUCAUCGUAAACAGGAAACUCAGAUCAGUGCAGCUCCAACGCAAGCCAGUGACAUGUAGACGUUUGAGGCGCCAACAGCCAUGCUUUCUUUAAACACCUGCUGCACAUUUUCGUACAGACUGAGGUAGCUUAAGCCUGAAAGUAAUCCUUUAGUAGUAGUCUGAUUUAGUUUUGCACUUAAAUUUGCGCUUGCUAAUCAUUGUAAACUUCUAAGAUUGUGAGUCGUGUACCAACGUAUCAGGUGAGAAAGAAGAUCUAGAGUAUUUUUUACCUUAAUAAGAUAAGAACAAUAUUUUUUUGUCCAAAAUUAUACAUUUAGACAGGAAAUUAUGACUUAAUUUGAAUACCAAUUAAAGCUUUAUGAUGGAUUUAACAAAUGUGAAUUGUGUUGUAGAACUUCCACUGUGACGUCAAGUCGAUAGGAACUUAAAAAACAAAACUUUUUAACUUCAAAAUGCACUCAAAACCUUUGUUUGCUUUCUAGCUUUAUCAGGGGAAAAUGCAUUCAGAUGAGUCUGAGGGCUUCGUAACAAAAGCUGUUUUGAGACACAAAAUACGGAUUUAUUUAUCCACUCCCGUUUCCUGUGCUGCCCUUGGGCUCCUGAAGAUUCAAAGCAAUGACUGAGUACCUUCAUUUCUUUCACUUGACUUUCUUUCCUUUACCUCGUGACAUUUUUCUGCGAAUUUCAACAAAAGACACUUAGGAAGUAACUGUGGAAGUUCUGGUUUUCAAACACAGCGCCCUUCCUCGACAUUCUCUGCAAAGAAGCAGUGCCAAGGCUAACGUCUAAACGGUUCAAGCUAAGUGUUUUUGGCUCACAAAGCUGCUUCUUUGUCCACAGUCGUACUUAUUAAUGAGUGCAGAUACUAUGGUUUGAGUUAUGUCAUUGAAAUAUUCAGAGGAGGACGUUCUCUAACGUGGGCUUGGGGUCCAUGGCCUAAUUUAAAAUUCUGUUAGAUUCACAUUCUACAAGGUUACAAUGUGAUUCAAUGAAAAGCUGACUGGGUUCCAUUCAAAUUUUUUUUCAAUAUUAAAUGGAAAAUCAUUUUCUGUUUUCGAAAAAGAACAAAUGGCAUUACAGGAAAAUCCAUACAUUUUAUUGAUCAGUAUCACUCCAUCGUUCACAUCACGUUCAAGAACGUGCCAAAAUAUGGUGUCAAUACGCUACCCCAUACUAACCCCUUACCUACAGUCGUAGUGGUGCAAAUAUCAUGAAUCUUGCUCCACGAUAUUUUUUUCACAGCUCUAUUCUGAUUUAUGAAAGACUUGGUGUCAUAGAAUUCUGGCAUUUAAUGUAGAAGCUGAAAACAGACUAAAAACUAGCAUAGCUUUACGUAAACGCAAGAGUUUUGAACUUAGCAGCCCGAAACACACAUUUACAUAGACUUUUCAUUGGAAGCGGUUGCUUGAACGUGCGUUGCUGAGGCUGGUGUGAAUGCAGCAUCACAAGGAUUUAUUAUUUUAGUCAUUUAAAUGAGAAAAUAUCAGGGAGGGGGAUAUAACGGAACCUUCACCUCACUCCCCUCAGAGUGCCUCUAGUCCUCUUCUCACAGGUUGGUUGCAAAACAUUGUGACCUGGUCUCUCCAGACUCUGAAUGCAUCCUCUCCGACUCAGUAAUAUUUGAGCAAACCUAACAAACCCUAAUGAACAGCCCGUUUCUGUCAGGAGAAACAGAUCAAGAAACCCUGUUGGAUCUGAUUGUAAAGCGAGGACGAGCUGCUUCUCCUCCAGAACUGACGGUUGAAUGAAAAAUACUGCUCUACAAGCCAAGAAGCACUUGAUUUGAACCAUUCAAAUAAAUGUGAUUUUUUUAAAAACAAGAUUUUUUUUUUAGCAUAAGUCAAACCAAAUUAUUCAAGUACAAAUUCCGAAACAGCUUUCUUCUGGUGGAACCUAACCUGAUUUAAAUGGGAGGCAGACAGGUGUUUGUGAGAAUCUGUGUGACGCAUCAACCUGCUGCUUCCACCUCCAUCCUCCUCUGUAGAUAUGAAUCAGAAAUGUAAUUUCUAUGAUGUAAUGUUUCUCCUUCUAAUAUGCUAACCGGUGUAUCCGUGUCACGGAUUUGAAUCCACAUUUUGUGCUGUUAAUCUGUAUUUGUUGGGUAGUUUAUAGAAAACUUGCACUAAAAAUAUGAUAGUGGCUCAUUUUUUUGCCGAGAACAACGCACAGUUUCAGUGUAUUUAGGAUGUUUUUGUUAGCAUUUAGUUUACAGUGAAACCCCCUGCUGUGACUCUUUUUUUGUUGUGGUUUUAUGUUUAAUCUAAUUGACGGUUUUUACCUUGAGUGUGUAAGAGUGAGCAUCUGCAUUCUGUGACCCCCCUGCUGUGCUGCUCAGUACUUUGUCGUUGCUUUUGAAACUGUAAAUCGGAUUUUGUGAAUGUAUGUUUUACCUCCAAUCUUUUGUUCUGUACAUAUUAACCUGCAAUACCAUCCAGCUUACACGUGAGGUCGCCAUAGGCACUCAGAGGGAAUUGCAACAUGCUGUCCACCUCUGACUGAAGUCACCAUCAGUGUUCUUAUUAAUAAAAAUCAAGAAUAACAGUU